GGAGAUAUUUAAAAUUACAAUAAAAUCCAAAAUUAUACAAACAAAAAUUACUAUUGUUAAUUCUCACCCGUUCAUAGCUAACAACUCUUGUUUCUCUGAGUAAGAAAUAUUACCCGAACACGUGUUAACUGAAUCAUUGCACUUACCUCUUUCGAGUUUCAUCAGCUCUGUUGGGAAUGAAGUCUUUAAUUAUGGAGUGUAACCUGCUUAAUUCACUUGGACAAACCAACUUUCCUAGGUUCAAGGUGGAAAAUAUCGAUGGAGUUAGAGGAAAUAUGACUUUAUUCAAUUCAAGAAUAGGUUUCCAUAGGAUGCAUAAAUCAUUUUCAGUCCCUAAUUGGAAAUACAGUAUCCCAUGUACCUCUUGGAAAAUAUUUUGUGCCCCUGAAAAUUUGGAGGAGGAAUUUUCAGUGGUAGUAUCGGAGAAAAUAGCAGAGGUUGGUGAGUUUGAUUCUGAAGCUCUACCUGAAGAAAUUCCUGAGCGACCUUUGAGAAGCGAUGAGUUGAGGUUACUGCUUGCUGAUGCUGAAAGAUCAAAGCUUCUCAAGAAAUUGAGUGAAGCCAAUCGAUAUAAUCGGAUGCUUAAGCGAGAGUUGCAAGCUAAGGAGGAUGCACUGGUUAAUUUUAAAAGUGAACUUUCUGUCAUCGAACUUGAGAUUCAGGUUUUGGUUAGAUUGGCUGAUGAAAUUGCAAAAUCUGCUAUUCCAUCUGGUUCAAGAAAAAUUAAUGGCAGAUAUAUCCAGUCACACCUAUUUUCACGUUUGGAAGCCAUACAAGAAAAAUUGAAGGAGCAAAUAAAGGACGUGGAAGCUGAACAAGCCAAAGAGGUUCCUUUAUCCUGGGUUGGGGUAGCAGAGAGUGUUCAAGUAAUGGGCUCCUUUGAUGGUUGGAGUCAAGGAGAGCACUUAUCUCCAGAGUACACCGGCUCUUACAUGAACUUUUCAGCUACAUUGUUCCUAAGACCUGGAAGGUACGAAAUUAAGUUCUUGGUAGAUGGCGAAUGGCAUCUAUCCCCAGAAUUACCAACCACUGGAGAGGGGUUACUUGAGAACAAUUUAUUGGUUGUGGAAUAGCUCGUUUAGCUAGCACGGGAUGUAUAUCUUCUGAAAGUCUUUACGCUGAAAGAACAACUUAUUAAUAGUCGAACAGUUCCUGUUCAGAAUGCCAUGUCUAUGUGCUGAAGUUUAGUGCUGUAGGAGUGAAAUGACUCUCUCUUGAGGAUGUGGAUCUCACUUCUCAUGCCUGUCAAUUUAUGUAAGCAGUGUUGUCAUUGUAUAUAUGUUACCUAUCAACUAUACUAUUUAAGUACUUUUUGGCCGUCCAUAGUGAUGCAUUUAUAGUACUUAUUGCAAGGAAAAGACACUUUUCGAUUUCUCAGAGGAAUCUGAAAAUAAAAAAAAGCCUGUUUCCUUACA